CGCGCCCGGCGCGCAUUCCAGGGCAGUUCUUACCGAGACUCCUUGCUGUCGACCGGUGAGAAUCCAGACUUCCUCCGCCGCUAUUUCCCUGUCUCUGUUGUGUGGAACUUAUAAACCGAGCAGUCAUGCGUGAAUGUAUCUCUAUACAUGUUGGUCAGGCUGGUGUGCAGAUCGGCAAUGCCUGCUGGGAACUGUACUGCCUGGAGCAUGGCAUCCAGCCUGAUGGGCAGAUGCCCAGUGACAAGACCAUUGGAGGAGGGGAUGAUUCCUUCAACACAUUCUUCAGUGAGACUGGAGCUGGCAAACAUGUCCCCAGAGCUGUGUUUGUGGACCUGGAGCCAACAGUCAUUGAUGAGGUGCGUACAGGUACAUACAGACAGUUGUUCCACCCAGAGCAACUGAUCACUGGAAAAGAAGAUGCCGCAAACAAUUAUGCCCGUGGUCACUACACAAUUGGCAAGGAAAUCAUUGACCUAGUGCUGGACAGGAUCCGGAAACUGGCUGACCAAUGCACAGGUCUUCAGGGAUUCCUGGUCUUCCACAGCUUUGGCGGCGGUACUGGCUCUGGUUUCACCUCUCUGUUGAUGGAACGUCUCUCUGUUGAUUAUGGAAAGAAGUCAAAGCUGGAAUUUGCUAUUUACCCAGCUCCCCAAGUGUCCACUGCUGUUGUUGAGCCUUACAACUCCAUCCUUACCACUCACACCACCCUAGAGCACUCUGACUGCGCCUUCAUGGUGGACAAUGAGGCUAUCUAUGACAUCUGCCGUAGAAAUCUAGAUAUUGAGCGCCCCACUUACACUAACCUGAAUCGCCUUAUUAGCCAGAUAGUGUCCUCUAUCACUGCUUCUCUUAGAUUUGAUGGAGCCCUGAAUGUAGAUCUAACAGAAUUCCAGACCAACUUGGUGCCCUAUCCUCGUAUUCAUUUCCCUCUUGCCACCUAUGCCCCAGUUAUCUCUGCAGAAAAAGCUUACCAUGAACAGCUGACAGUAGCUGACAUAACAAAUGCUUGCUUUGAGCCAGCUAAUCAGAUGGUUAAAUGUGACCCACGCCAUGGUAAAUACAUGGCUUGCUGCCUGUUGUACCGUGGUGAUGUGGUGCCCAAAGAUGUUAAUGCAGCUAUUGCCACCAUCAAGACCAAGCGUAGUAUCCAGUUUGUGGACUGGUGUCCUACUGGCUUUAAGGUUGGUAUUAACUAUCAGCCACCAACUGUGGUUCCAGGUGGGGAUCUGGCCAAGGUACAGCGUGCAGUAUGUAUGCUGAGCAACACCACUGCUAUUGCAGAGGCCUGGGCUCGCCUGGACCAUAAGUUUGACCUUAUGUAUGCCAAGCGUGCCUUUGUGCACUGGUAUGUGGGUGAGGGUAUGGAGGAGGGAGAGUUCUCUGAGGCCCGUGAGGACAUGGCUGCCCUGGAGAAAGAUUAUGAAGAGGUUGGAGCAGAUAGCGCUGAUGCAGAAGAUGAAGGAGAAGAGUAUUAAAAACCUUUUCAAUUCACUUGAAAUGUGCUUUCUUUUAGCUAACUGUCCAUCUAGUAUUUUUUUUUUAGAGUGCCAUUUAAAAUAUGGUUCCUAAUAAGUGAAGACUGAGUUUCUGCAAGUUAAAAGUGAGACUUGAUGAAGUAAGCAUACAAAUGGGGAUGAAGUUCUGGAGUUGGUUUACUUAAGUCUGUUCACAUUUUCAAAGUGUUUAACUUGUGCUGUUAGUAAUGCUUCACAAUGCAGUGCGAAAGGAAUGCACUGUAGUGACCAAAUACAAAGUUUCCAAUGACCAUGUACAAUUACAGUACUGAGCAAUUUUGGGACUUGAUGCUUUUACUGUAUUAAAUUUAGCAAUUCUACCA